AUGUCCGCACCACUUCCAAACCCGCCUUUUGUCUUUCCAGUGCGGGAUCCAGAUGCAACCCCUCCACCUGCAACAACCAGACCGGGUGGUCCUCCACCGCUUCCGGCCUUCUCUUUCAACCCAGGAUCUGCUCAUUCAUCACAACCCUCGAUGCCGGCCCUCCCCGUGAAUCGAGCAGGCGGACAUCGCCGACGGUGUAGCGAGUUCGUCGGUGGGGAGCGCCUUGUCAGCCCUGAGGCUGUGGAGGCGAGCCAGAGCAACAAGGAAAAUUCGAACACGACUCCUACGAAACUCCCAGCCCCUGGGCCAGGCUUUAGCGCUGGUGGUGCUGGAGGGCGUCGCCAUGCCCAUCGACGUUCAGCAGCAGUCUCCAGUGUUGACUUAACCGCUAUUUCUAAUACUCUGGAUUUGAAGCCCACGGUCGGGAGCGCGCCACUUUUCUCGACAGGCGCGAAGCGUGAACUUGGUGCAUCUGACGAAUCCCUUCGACCUAUGUGUUAUUCGGCGACUACUUUAGGUCGGCCGACCCCACCCGCAUCUCCUCAGAUUAUGAUUAAUGACGAAACUCUGCCUCCUGUCCAACCCGAACCAGCCAGCGACCGUCCGACAGACAGCCGGCCGGUUUCCGAAGUCUCAAAGGAUUCUGGAAGCACAGUACGACCGGAAGCUACCGCUAGAAAUAGCGAAGAACUUGUCCUACCUGCAAGCGAGCUGUCGUCAUCUGUGGACCGAAGCCAGAAGCCUAGACCAAGAACCGCAGAUGCAUCUCUGAUGCUUAAUCCCAACACGAUCAGUGGAACUAAUGAUGCGUCUGGGAUGAAGAGGCCACUUUCUGCUACAGGUCAUUCUCGUUUCCGCAAGAGCAUAUCUUCCGGAAUUAUUGACGCCGCACUGAGGAGGCAUCAUGGUGUGAGUGAUGACAGCCAUUGGACCGGGUACUCAAGGCAUUCUUCUUCUGAUGACGGCGAUUCAUAUGCAUCCACAGAGGGCCCCCGUGGGUCGUUUGAGUCUUCCUCUAGCGCAAAGAAGAAGUCAAAGUCUAAGAAGAGACAGAAGAAAGUGCGUUCUUGGGCUGGAGCCAUUCUUACCAGAGGAAAGGGAAAGCGCAAUCAAUCGAAGAAGGACGAAACGAACAAAUCUCCAAUUCCCCCUCCAGUAAUCACUCGGACUAAUUCUGAUCUCGGGUCAGCAUUAGAUGUGAACUUUGACGAUGACGAGGAUAUCGUCAUCAUUCGGACUCCUACCAACCCUACAGCUCCAAAUUCACGUGAGCCAGCAGCUGAUGCUGAAGCCUCGCCAUCCCUGGAAAACUCCUGGAAGCCACGGAGUUUCUAUGAACAAACCACAGAGAAUGAUGCUUUGAGCCCAAUCAUCGAUUUAGAUGCAGCGCUAGGCCCCUUCAACACUCCUGAUGGACGCUCCCGCCAUGUCGCUGAGAGUGGUUUUUCAGCAGCGACAAAAAGGAUGUAUAGCGGCGGACGACGAGGUGAAUUUGUUGGGCCAGAAAUGCGCUACCAUCGUCGUGCUGAAAGUGCACCGGAAAUGCCUCCUUUUGAUCGUAGUUUUCUCAACCAGGCUAGGUUUGCAAACACCGCGGCCCUGGAAACCCCAGAUGUCUUCUACGAAGAAGAGGAGGAUGCUUUCUUGGCGGCCACGAGUGAAUCUCCCAAGCACGGUGAUGAAAAGCCUGUGGCACAAAUAAUUGCAUCCCGCACUGAAAGUGUCGAUCAUCAAUCAAAGGACAGCAAAGAUAGCUCAGCUACCCUCACGAAGGACCAUACCAGUCAAGUUGAUCCACAGCAGUCAGGUCUCGGUAUUCAGAAGGACGGGUUGCCUGAACCAAAUGCUAUUCCUGCCGAUCAGGAUAAUAGCAGUCCCGGAGAACAACAGCCGUGCACCUCACCUCUCGAGCUCACUCCCAAUAUCCCUUCUUUCUCUCUUCAAGGUGGCAGUUCUUUGUCUAAUUCAUCCUUUCCAUCUCCUGACUUCGCUGGCUCUUCAUCUGAUGCUCCUCGCUCGAUCACGACAUCCUCCACCACCGAUCGUAAUUUCUCGAGUCCUUCUUAUAACCCUUCCAUGGACUUUCCUCAUGCGUCUGUUGAAGAUGUGCCCUCGCUGACUAGCAGCGCAUCAACAACGACGAACCCCCUGAACCGAUUCUCUGCGACGUUCUUCCAACGGCCCCGGCUGUCUACCGAUCGCUCUGCGUCAUUUUCUGCGGCCGUUCAUAGGCGCAGUAGCCAGGCCAAUAGUUCGAAGCGAUCGAGUCUAGCCAGCCUCUCUAAAUUAGUUGUGGGCCCGCACGCAGAAAGGAGUAAGCUGAGUUAUGAGGAAAAACCACCGAGCGACGAAUCCGAGAGGGUGAAGAAGAAGGGCCACCGGAUUAGCCGUCUGAUGCACUUCUGGAGGACGAAAGAUAAGGACAAAUUGAACGAGAGUUCUGUCCAGGAAGAACGGCUGUCAUGACCCAAACCCCGAUUCUACCAAGGAAUCCGCUUCUUGUACAUAGUUACCCUGAUUAUGAUUCCCUCGACAUGGUCUUUGGAAGAUCCAUUAUUUUCCUAUUGGCCAUUUUCUUCUCUUUCUCCAGUUUUCCCACUUAUUCCGUUAGGGUAACUGACGAAUCUCUUUUGAUAUGUGUUUACAAGCGUAAGGGUUUUAUGCUCUCUUUACAUCAUUUCUCGUCUAUCGUUAACGUCCGGUUGCAAUUUAUGGACAGCUUAUUCUCUGAUUGCCUUUCAUUUAUCGUUCAGAGCCUUUUUCUCUUUUCCUGAAUAUCUUCGGCGGCCAUAUGAGAUGUGCACUUUGCCUUUUACUCUUUUAUUUCUGUUUGACCCAUGAGGUAUUCGUUCAUGCCCUUUGGCUAUGUUAAUUUGGGGCCCUUUUUCUUUACUUGAAU